AUGGAAAUACCUCCUUAUUUGGAUAAAUUUGAAUGUUUCGGGAAGAAAUUAUCAGAAGAGACUUCUGGAAACCAUAAAGCCUCUGGAAAAAUUGACGCCUCUGGAAAAACCGAUGCCUCAGUAGCCACGGAAAUAUCUGGACUUUCCAUAGAAGAAACGGUUAUUUCUCCAAAAUUUACGGCAUCCUCGGGAAUGGAAGAUACCAUUGAAGGACAAGACGAAGGAACGCCGAAUCCACUAUUGACGUCUUUUUGCCCAUUCAAAGCCAAUACAAGAAGCCGUUCCAAUUUAUCGAUACGCGCUUGCAUUCUUUCUUCAUACUUUUCGAUACGGGAACGAAGCCACUUGAUUUCGUUAUUAAGAAUUAUACAUCGAGGACAUGAAGAUCCCCGCGAAACAGAAGGAGCAAUUGAGGAAAUGGAUCAGUAUCAUCCUCCGAAGAAGAAAGCAGUUCUAAACCCGAAUUAUGGGCAUAUCUUGGCUUUUUAUUAG